AUGAAAUCGAUUAAUCAGUGUAUCCUCGCGCUCAGCAUGGGAGUUUCAGCCAUUGCACAAAACAUGACUUACGGGGCCAAAAAUUUCUAUCGCAGCAACAACGUGACAGUCCAACCGAUCAGUUUCCCAACACAAUACAGGACAACAGUCGCAGGCAAUCUCUUCUAUCUUAAAGGCCAGAGCAACGGCGCUGCACCUGCCGUCGUCGUCGGCCAUCCUAUGGGUGCAGUUAAAGAACAGAGUGCCAACCUCUACGCAACCAGACUUGCCGAGCAGGGAUUCAUUACGGUCUCUAUCGAUCUCCCAUUUUGGGGUGCGAGCAUGGGUGAGCCGCGCAAUGUCGUAUUGCCCGAUCUCUACGCAGAGGCAUUCAGCGCCGCAGUUGAUUAUCUGGGCAUCCAGAACAUAACGUCCGUUGACCGCGAGCGGAUAGGAGGACUCGGUAUAUGUGGUAGUGGCUCCUUCGUGAUUAGCGCUGCAAAGCUGGACUCGAGAAUCAAGGCUAUUGCUACAGCAAGCAUGUACGAUAUGGGUACUCUCGCCCGCCAGGGGUUACAAAAUUCGCAAAGUGUCGACCAGCUGAAGGAAACAAUCGACGAAGCCUCACAGCAACGCUGGACUGAGAGUGAUGGUGGCGAAACGCAGUAUACCAGCGGUACCAUAAAUCAUCUCACAGCAAAUGCCACUGCAGUCGAACGUGAGUUUUACGACUACUACCGUACCAAGCGUGGCGAGUUUGUGCCUGUUGGAUCGACAUUAGAUCUCACCACUCAUCCCACGCUCUCGACCUUCACAAAAUUCAUCAAUUUCUAUCCAUUUAAUGGUAUCGAGACAAUAUCACCUCGCCCGAUGCUGUUCAUUGCCGGCGACCAGGCACACUCUCGCCAGUUUAGCCAGGACGCUUAUUCACGUGCUGCUGAGCCGAAGGAGCUCCUCUGGGUACCGGGUGCUGGUCACGUCGAUCUAUACGAUCGUACCCGUCUUAUCCCGUUUCAACGACUCACUGAGUUUUUUCAAACAAAUCUUGCGUGA